CGAUCCGUCUUUUGACAGUUCUGAACAUAACGGAGGUCCGUGAAGGCGGCUUACGUCACGCCAAUGGCGGACGUUGUAAACACAGCCAGCAGCUUCCCUUUGGCCGAAGUGAAAGACUCCUUUUCAAGAUGAACAGCGUGGAGACCGAGCGGACGGACAGCCUGGAGGGCUGGGUGGCCGUCAGAAGUAACCUAUUCGAGGAGGCCGAGGCGUUUAAACUGGGCUUCAUCGUGCAGUGGAACGUCAUCGAGUGUAAGUUCGCCGUCACCUGCCACAACAGGACGCUGCAGCGGAAGAAGCGCGGGGCCGACGGGGCCGACGGGGUCCCCGGCGACCCGCAGACCAGCUGGGCCGGCCUCUUCUCCGUGCGCGACCUGCGACACGUCCACCAGCAGCUCCGGUGCGUGGCGGACAUCUUGGCGAGCUGCUUCCCGGACCUGUCGGAGUUCGAGGACGGAAACAUCUGGGACGUGCUCUUUCUGAACCGGCGUUCCGCUUCGGAGGACGACGAGCGGCGGGACCUCGACUCGCCGUGUCGGAAGCUGGAGAAAUACUUGAGCGCGGCCGUCGACCUCUGCGGGCGGGAGAUCGUGCUCGACACGCUGUUCACGCAGGACGAGCGGGACGUGGAGGAGUACUUCGAAAACCUGCAGGAGUUCAAGAGGAAGACCCUGCAGGAGGAGAUGUCCCGCGCGAAGGGCCUCCUGCGGCAGAUCCUGCGGAGUCAUGGCAGUGCAGACCGAAUGGUCGCGCUGCUCAGCAUCUACGAGGAGGAGGACGAGGCCUACCAGGACCUGGUCACCGUGGCCACCACCUUCUUCCAGUACCUGCUGCAGCCUUUCAGAGACAUGAGAGAGCUGGCCUGCCUCUACAAGAUGGAGAUCCUGAAGUCUUUGGAGUUCGAGGACUUGGGUCCUAAGAGGAUUGCAGCUCUGGAGAAGGAGGCAGACGAGUGGAGAAUGAAAGCAGCCGAUGCAGUCGCCUCAAUUCAGGACAUCACCGUCACUUACUUUGCACAGACAUCGAAAGCUCUGGCUGGCAUGUUGAAGCAGAUGGAGGAGGAUGCUGGUCGUUUCGGAGCUGCUGCCUGGGCGUCUGCAGCUCCCAGACUGGAGAAACUGCGCUUCCUGUUGGCCAAAGAGACGCUGCAGCACAUGAGGGCUGCAGAGAUGUGCCUCAACCGCAAGAAAGCAGGCAUCAGACAAAAGCUGGGCGGCCUCUCUGCCGCAGUCAGGAGCCAGGGAACUGGUUGCAGGUCUGCGCGUGAGGACGGCCCGCAGCAGGAGACGGUGGACGAGCUGGAGCUGAAAUUCUACGAAGCACAACUAGAGCUGUACGACACCAAGUUCGAGGUCCUGAGGAAUGAGGAGCAGCUGCUGGUGGCUCAGAUCGACACGGUGCGACGGCAGAUCAAAGAGUUGAAGGACGAGGUGGUGUACUACGACGUGUGCGAGGACGCGGAGGAGCUGCAGAGCUUGGUCCACACCGGUGUUCAGCAAGCCGACCCUCCGGCUGUCAGUCAUCUCAAAAGAAGCCUGCAGGCUUUGGAGACCAAGAGAGGCAGAAUCUGUGCCCGGCGCGCUUAUCUCCGCAACAAAAAGGAUCAGUGCAUCGAGGCCAAUGAGCAGAAGCAGCUUCCCGCCAAGCAGAGCUCCAUCCUCUUCAACCAGCAUCAUCACGUCCACCUGAAACGGGAGAAGAGGAAGGAGGAGGAGCAGAGGAGGAAACAGUGGGUGGACGAGGAGCGGGAGAAGACGCUGAGCAGAUUACGCUCCUUUAGAGAGAAGCGACCGGGCCAGUUCAUCCUGAAGACUCACUCGCAGAUGUCUCCUGCAGAAGUGCCGUGUCCCUCCCAGCCGCUGUCCAUCAUCAGCCUCGGCCCCCCUGAAGGGCCGCCGCCCUCCGUCCGUCCCGCACCCAGACGCAACAAAACGCCCAGAAAGCAGCAGCCUGAGGACAUCCCGGUCCACAUCUUCUCUGCAACGCCACCUCCAACAACAACCUGCCCUACUGCACCUCCGCCUCCCCCUCCACCACCUCCCCCGCCGCCUCCACCACCACUGCCUCCCGCCAUGCCUCCCGCCAUGCCUCCCCCACCUGUCCCCAAAGACUCACCGAUGCCUCUCAGAGAAAAAGAGGACCCUCCUUUUCCAGCCAAGAACACGCUGACGCAGAAUAUAGGAACGAUGGACAAGGUGUUGGCCUCAUUGCAGCGAGGACAGAUUCAGCUUCGGAAGGCGCCCGCUCCCGGGGCCACGCCCCCCGCCGGGGACACGAGGACCAGUCUGAUGACGGCUAUCCGACAGGGAGUCGCCUUGAAGAAGAUGGUUCCCGCUCGGGCAGAACUCCACGGCAGCGGCGACAACGAGCUGGAGCGCAGCAUCAAAGCCGCCAUGAUGAGGAUGAAGAAGGUGGCGGCGGAUUCUGACGACGAAGACGACAGAGGAGACGACGAGACGCAGAGUACAGACUGGGACAGCUGAGGACCCCUCCUCCCCCUCCCUGUCCCCACAUACACACAGCAAUGAAUGAUCUUUUACGCUUCUGAGCGUCAGCUUAGGUUGCUGCGAUGGGAUUACGCCUCUUCUCACGUAAACAUUGCAGUCUUCAAAAUAGCACCGAGAAGUUGUAACGCAUCCAAAUCCGUGGCUGUUUUUUUUUUCUCGAAAAUCCCCACCUGUGCGCAUGAGGCGCUCCAGCGCUUCAUCGAGAAGAAGCAGCAUUGCUGUAGAACAGAUGCCACUUCUUUAAAGUCGCCAUUUGAAGGCCUUUCGUGAGAGUCACACAGCCUGAGAGACGAUCGCGCUACACAACCGCGUUUUGUAGUUUUGAGUUUUGUAGUUUUUUGCAUUUUGUUACUAAACAAAGAGAAGAGUUGUGUCCUGAAGUGCAGCGGUGUGAAUGAUUUGCAGGCAACACGUUUAAAGUCCACGUCACUGUUUGCGUUACAGGUUUCAUGCACUGUCCUCCUGGUCCCGUUUUUCCUCCUCGUGUUGGAAUGACGGGAAUGUGUGAGGCUCUUUCGGGGCGUAUUUUAUGCGUCAUCCGUUGUUUGUUUGUUUUCCUGUGUGAUGCCGUGACAAAUGAAGUGAAGUUUCUUUUUCCCUGAUAACACUUAUACGACACAGAGCACUUAACCAAGGAGACAAAGCUAUGAUGUAUUGAGAUAUGAAACUUGAUCCGGUUCGCUGCGGCUGAAACACACUUCAACUGCUGUGUUUUAAUAAUAAAUGAAGACACGUUGGCUCAUGAA